AACCGAAAGCUUAAAACUGUAGGUUUCAUUUUCGAAUUAGCCUUCUUAAAUUCUGACUUUAGACAAGCGUUGCAUUGGUCUGCUUUGUUGGGUCUCUGUGGUUAACAUAUAGAAAACCAUGCGUGGACAUUAUCAUUUAUUUAGAUAAUUGCAAUAAUUACCUGGUUAAUAAUGCGCUGAUGUUAUGGACCUUGCAUGAGGCGGCCUAUUUGAACGAAGGCUCGUUAAGUACGCUUCUAGGUGUUAUUGUGAAUGAGCUUUACCAAGUCAGAGAACAGGCUACUAUGAUGUAUUUAAAAGAUGGAAGGCGAUGUUAAAAUGCACCUUAAAGAAUGGCUCAUAGCCCAAGUCGACAGUGAAAGGUUCGACGGGUUGCGGUGGGAGAACGAAGAGAAGACCAUGUUCAGGAUCCCCUGGAAACAUGCAGCUAAGAAGGACUACAGGCAGCAGGACGACGCGGCUCUCUUUAAGGCUUGGGCUGUGUACAAAGGGAAAUACAAGGUGGGCAGCGACAAGGACAACCCCACCAUGUGGAAGACGCGCCUGCGCUGUGCACUUAACAAGAGCACAGACUUCCAGGAGGUCCCCCACCUGAACCAGCUGGACAUCUCGGAGCCCUACAAGGUCUACCGCAUCGAGUCUGACCAGAGAGCAGAGUCUGAUCAGACGUACAGUCGAGUGGUCGUGGUUCAGACUGGAUACGCCAGUCUCCCACAGUCUCAGCUUGCUGACCAAUGGGAAAGAUUUGAAGAAAGGCAAGAAGAAAGUCAUGGUGCUUUGUGGAGGGAGCACACGUACUGUGGUUCAGAGGAUAGCCAGGCUCACAGUCACAUCCCUCUGGACCCCAGCCUCCUCAGCCCCACUCUGGCCAUAUCAGACUUCCGGAUGGAGCUGACGCUGUUCUACCGCGGGGAGCCGGUGAUGGAGCUGACCUCCAGCAGCCCAGAAGGGUGCUUCAUCCUGCAGGGCUGCGUGCCGCUGGGGAACGAGAGGAUCUACGGGCCCUGCAGCGCUCAGCAGCUCUCCCUGCCCUCCCCAGCCUCGCUGGGCCCCCUGGAGCCCGGCGUGGCCCGGGCCCUGGGUCAGCUCCUGUCCCAUCUGGAGAGGGGAGUGCUGCUCUGGGUGGCCCCGGACGGGCUGUUCAUCAAGAGGUUCUGCCAGGGCCGUGUGUACUGGAGCGGGCCCCUGGCCCCGCACACCGAGAAGCCCAAUAAACUGGAGAGGGACAGGACCUGCAAGCUGCUGGACAUGCCCGUAUUUGUAAAUGAGCUCCAGAACUAUAUGCAGAGGAAAGGCCCACAACCAAACUAUGAGAUUGAUCUCUGCUUUGGCGAGGAGUAUCCCGACGCUAAAGUUUCCAAAACGAUGAAGCUGAUAACAGUUCAUGUGGUGCCCCUGUUUGCCAUGGAACUGUUGCAGCGAUUCCAGCUAGAGCGGGUCGAGGCAGAACCGGACGUUCACACUCCCAAAGAAGCCAAGGAUGAGAUGUAAGGGGCCAGUUAUCCAACUAGAUGUAAGCUUCACAACUACUCUCCAAGGAAAUCCUUGAUGUAUUCCUAAUAACCCAAGUAUAACGUGACAGUUAUACUUGGCAGUUGACAGUUCUGUGUAAAAGACAGAAUCAAAUAACUGAGGUCUGUUUGAUAUUAGAUUUAUGGUUGCUUGCUCUAAUGUAAAGCAGUAGUGAUUCUAAUGUGUGUAUAAUUUAUAUUUAGAGACUUUCUACAUGCCAGCGAUACAAUAUUAACAACAUUCUUUUCAUGUUAUAUUUAAUCUUCUGAGUAAAGUUAUUUUGAGUUAAGUGUGCUUAAUGUUCUUAGUCUACUUAUGAAUUGUAAUAAUUUAUGCAGUUCAAUGCACUGGAACAAUAAUCAAGUAUGAAAAAUAAAAUCACACCACCAAAAUUAAA